AUGGCUUUACCUUGCAAAUUGGAUAUUAUUGAAGAGCUUUUCGGAAGCCGCGAAAUUGAAUACUUCUCAUGUUGGGACAUGAUAUACGAACAUUUAUCGCAAUCGUUACCCCAACCAACCAAGAUGUCUUUACCCUACACGGCAGCAGGCAGCUUUGACCCGCCAUUGCCCACUGCAGAAGAUGUUGCACGUGGACAGAACAUCCGUGAUCAUAUGCGGGGGCCACACUGGUUGUACAGGGUCUUUGACAAAUACGUUGUGAAAUUUUCGACAAGCCAGACUAUUCUACAGGAGGCGGAAAAUCUCCUCUACCUUGAGAAAAACUCAAAAGUCCGAACGCCCAAGGUAUUUGCGGUGUACGCUCAUGACGGCGAAGACCCUUUCGGCUGGUACCCAGGCACUCAAACAAGAUUUUACUAUCUCGUUAUGGAGUACAUCACAGGUACAACGCUUUCUUCCGAAACAUGGAGCACUUUCGACCCGGGUGUACAAAAGAUUAUAGGCUCCAAGAUUGCGGAACAAUUGAAGAAAUUACGCGAAGUAAGACUCGAAUCUGACCCCUACUACGGACGAAUCUAUAAACAAGGAUGGGAUCCCGGCUUCAACAUGCUUACACUCCCUGGAAACAAGAUCUGCGGGCCCUAUAAAUCGUACGAAGAUUUUGUGGAUGCAAUGUAUGAGACCGCAAAAUUUCGUGCCGCAUCUGGAAUCGGCCUAUUUUCGACCCCAUUCAGUGACAGGACAUUGUUUACAAUGAUAAACUUCAAGUACUCCUUAAACGCAGUUACAGCGGAGGACAAACUGCCUACUCUAACUCAUCUGGAUCUGAAGCUGGAUAACAUUAUGCUUCAGCAAGAUGGUGAUGAAUAUCGCGUUACUAUCAUCGAUUGGGAGUGCCUUGGAUGGAUGCCGGCAUGGGUCGAUGCGAUUAGGAUUGGCGACCGUGGUAGAAAGGCAUAG